UAUAAAACCAGGAGCGCGCCCGGGGAAGGCGAGCACACCGCCAUCUAGCUCCAGCUACCGGCAGCCACCGCCGCACCCAGCCUCGUCUCCGGCCAGAAAGACAAGCCAUGGCGAACUCGUCCGUCUCCCAGGCGGCCGCGAGCUGCAAGGCCCGCAAGUUGACGUGCCUCUGCUCGCCGACGAACCACCCGGGCUCCUUCCGCUGCAGCCGCCACCGGACGCCCCGCGCGCGACCUCCGUCAUUCUUGUCGCCCUCGGGCCGCGCCUUGCAUCAGCAGGUAGCAUCACCAGGAAGCAAGAGCGGCGGCGGAGGCAGGACGCCGAGCAAGGGGCGGCCCGUCCUGCGCGCACACCUGCAGCGGCUGCUGGCCAGCCCGCCGCCGUCCUCCGGCGGCCGCUGCCGCGAGUUCAAGCCACGCCUGUCCAGGAUCGGGCGCCUCGCCGUGAACGCGUGACUGACGCCGGCGUCGGCGGCGGCGCCAGCCCUCUGCUCUGAGCGAUCACUAGUGGUGGACAGGAGUACAGGACAGUGCGCCUCUAUUUCGUGCGCACUGGCUAGCAGCUAGCUAGGACCGGGUAAUACUCUCGAAUCAAUGCUUUCUUAGUACUGUGAUGAACCGAUGAUGAGUUGAUAUAGCGAUUCUGUACGUGCUCCUUGUAAUUUUUUCCUCAAAAUGGCAAGAAAAGGAGAAGAUUAUGUGUGA